AACAUUCCUUUUUUAUAGUUUUAUACAAAACUUUAGACUAAGUAAAGAUGCGUUUAUGUAUGUAUUAAACGCUAUUCAACACGACCUCAUCGUUCCAAAGAGAUCCACAGCAAUUCCAACCGCAAUAAAAGUUGCCGCUGCUUUGAAAUUGCUUGGGCAAGGUGGAUGUCAACACCAAAUUGGCCAAGACCAUCUCUUAGGAUUAUCGCAGCAAUCUAUGUCGCGUUGCUUACAAGAAGUUUGCAUGGUGAUUGAGCGAAUACUCUGUCCCAAGCACAUCAAAUUCGAGGUUACUGCUGAAGAGGAAAACGAAAUUAAAAGAGGAUUUUUACAUACAUGUGGCAUUCCUGGGGUGAUUGGAGCAGUGGAUGGUACCCAUAUACAAAUGAUUCGACCAGCCAGGAACGAGCACUUAUACUUCAACAGAAAAUUAAAGCACAGUAUGAACGCUAUGGUGAUAUGUGAUCACAAAAUGAUAAUAAGAUUUAUUGGUUGCCGAUACGGUGGUGCAAGCCAUGACUCACAUGUUUGGGCCCUUUCUAAUGCAAAGCAAAAAUUAAAAGAACGUUUCGAAAGAGGAGAAAAGGGAUUUUGGCUGAUUGGCGAUUCGGGCUAUCCCUUGGAACCCUGGCUACUUACUCCAUACAGAAACGCAACGGAAAACUCGUCCGAAGCUUUUUAUAAUAAACAGUUUUGCAUAGGAAGGUCUAUAAUUGAGAGAGUGUUUGGUGUUUUAAAAGGCAGAUUUCGGUGCCUGUUAGCAGCCAGAGAGUUGCAUUACGCACCGGAAAGAGUGGUUCAAAUAAUGAACGUUUGCUGUGCCCUGCACAAUAUUUGUUCUAAUUUUAAUGUACAACUACCAAUACACGAAAUUGCUUCUGCAGGCUCUUUGUUUGCUGAAACAUCGUGACUAACGUUACUACUUGUGCCAAAGUAUGUUGAUGUUGCCCGUCCAUUGACGGCUUCUUCCAUUUGAAGAAGAUUUAUGAUUUGUUCCUCCAUAGAAGAAAGUGGGCAAUAUUGUGAGACACCACCACCCGUGCUGAAAAUGCUAAUUUUAUUCUUGCCCAUCUUAACCUUCGUGUGGGUUUUUAGGUCAGACCAAACCUAUAUGCACAUGUGCACAAAUAUUCAUAUUAAUACUGUCUACAUCCCUUACAGGAGGUCCAUUAGAAUUAAGGUCGUCUGCCAAUUUUGUCCACAAAUUGUUGGCGCGUUGUUUGGCAUUUCCACACUGCAACUGUCCCUUUGCCAAAUCGCUAUGUUGCUCCAUAAAAUCAACUAGGAUUUCGAACUGGCGUUGCUGAG